ACAUACGAGAAUAAUUGUGUGCCAAUUGCCUAGGUCAUUUCGAUUAAUUCGCUUGUUAAUGGCCAACACAUAAAUAAAAGAAACUCGCCCAAAACGUUUCGCAUACACAUCACAAGUCGCCUCUCAUUCGUUCAUUGACCAUUGACCAUGUGGAAUACGGAGGACAUCAAUUUGCUGAGUGGCGGAUUUGCUCAGUCAAUCUACCGUCGAUUCUUUCAGUGUACUGCUUGGCUGCUCUAUGGCAUUGCGCGUGUUUGUCAUUUCCUCAAGCUGCGCUACAAUGCAGAGCAUAUGCGGAUGGAGGAGAUUCAGUAUCAUCAUAUGAUCUCGAAAAUAGUCGUGACGGUUAAAUUUGUAUUCGUAUUAUUGGAUCUUCAGAGUUAUUUAGUGCUUACCCUGGUCUUAUGGCUACACAUUUUUCGAGUCGAGAACAGCGGCGGACAGAACUAUAUGAUUGGGUUGCUCGUCCAGGGCCUUAUCAUAUCUGACCUACGCCGAAUAUUUAUUUUUUUGCAUUCAUUCGAUGAUCGAAAGUUGAUCAAGCAUAUAAUCAAUGAAAUCUUCUAUAUCACACAAACCAUAAAACGCAAAUUCGGCAUGAUAUAUCACUUUGAAAUGUGUCUAUUGUGCGUCUACUCUUGCAAACUGUAUUUGGUGUACAUAAUGCUAGAUUCCAUGUGGUAUCAUAUGACAUUUAUUUGGAUUAACUUCCUAUAUUGGCUGCUCCUCGAGUACUGUAUUCUUGGCUAUUUCAUCUAUCAGUUGAUUCUACUCAACUGGUAUCGUAAUUUUAGUUAUUUUUUGCAACGAUUUCUCGAGUACAACCGCUAUCAGAGUUGCAUAUCUGCUCACUAUCAUGGGCGUCUGCUGUGGCUCUUCAAACUGCACUUACGCAUCAUUAAUCUGCAUAAGUGCAUUCAGGAGAGGGUCGCCUGGUUGCCUGCAGCGAUCUACUUGACAAUAUUCACGAGUAUUUUCAAUAUGACUUUGUUGCUCGAGUGCAUUAUCUAUUCCGACGAUGAAAUCGAAGACAAAAUGUAUAUCAUUGCGGAUGGUAGCCUCGGGCCGGCUUUGAUACCAAUUCUCAACAUGUUAGUUGUUGGCAUCUGCACAGAUCGCAUACGCAGCGAGGAGUCGGCAUUGCAGCAACAAAUUAUACUCGCUAAUAUUCUGUGUGUUCGCAAAGCCGAUCCAAACGAUUUUCGCCUAAAGGUUCUGAACAAUGAGCACACUGCUCUGAUUGUUCAUCAGAAAUUGGAGCCAUUGCAUAAUGUGAUUAUUUUGCAUACAAUCGGCGAUCGGGAAUUUGCCUUUGAUUACUUCCUGACAGUGAUCGUAACUGCUCUCUCCUUUAUACAGUACACAGUGUCCACAAAUCGUGUUUACAAAGUGUGCGUAACACACAAGUAAUGCAAAAAAUAAAAUUAAAACAUUCAUGUUUAUAAACACAUAUAUUUUAUAAGAAAGUUUUUGAAAUAUCCCAGAUGUGCAUUAAUUCAACAUGAAUUCUACAUUUUUCUGCAUAUUCCUUCAACUAGUUAAACGCCUAGCAAAAGCCCAUGAACAACUUGCUGAGCCCCAAAACUUUUUAUAAAUUUACACUCAAUAACAGCAACCGCUCAAUAACAUUCAACAGUCACGUGCCGAUUCGAUAUUCAAUGUCUUCACAGAGUGAAAAAUACUAACAACAUUUUUGAUACAUUUUGCUGGUAUAUUGAAAUUUAUUUUUAUGCAACCAACCCCGAGAGCGAACGUGUUUUGCUCUCAACCUACACACAGCCUACACCCGCGCCAGACGAUAAAAUAAUAAUCGAUUUGACUUUGGUUGGAGUUUUUUACUUUUCCACUCACUCGCUCACUCACUCUUUCGCUCUUUUGGUAAAAAAAAAAAAAAAAAAAAAAAA